AUGAUGGACCUUCUAGGUCAGGAUAUCUAUGACUUUGACUCUCUCCACAAUCUCACUUUGGGUGCUGCCGGUAAUCUCAGAUUCCGCGAUGAGGCCGAAGGACAUGACUUUGCCCUUCAUCACUGGGAUAACGGAACGGGCCAGCUGCAUCUUUCCCAUGACGGAUUCUCGGACAGCGGUACUCCUAUCUCGAACAGACACAAGCGGUUCGACGGCAAAGGCUUCAAGGUUACUUUCGACAAGGUUACAAGUAAUGUCCUUGACUCCUCAUUCGUCGAUACUGCCUCUAUCGAGCUUUCCCGCCAAUGGUAUCGAUAUACCAAGCAAGGAGCAGACAAAAUCUUUCGUUUUGUUGAGCUCAAAAAUCAAGCAGAUUCGUAUUUCCGAACAAUUGCUGAGAUCAAGGGCUUUGGUCUGAACUAUGAGGAUGUCGAUGUCUGUGGUGAUAUGUCGCCAUAUAUCGGAACCUAUUUGGGGCCCAACUAA